UGUGCGUAAGCCAAGAGAGCGAGCGACCCGACACGCGCUGCGGAACAAUGCGAGCUAUCGUUCAGAGGGUCACUAAGGCGAGCGUGACGGUGGGGGAAGAAGAGAUCUGCUCAAUAGGACGAGGACUGUGUAUCCUGCUGGGAGUGUCGGUGGACGACACCCAGAAGGAUGCGGACUACAUAGUACGAAAGAUCCUCAACCUGCGGCUGUUCGAGGACGAGAGCGGCCGAGCGUGGGCCAAAAGCGUCAUGGACCGGGACUUUGAGGUGCUGUGCGUGAGCCAGUUCACGCUGCAGUGUGUCCUGAAGGGCAACAAGCCGGACUUCCACACAGCCAUGCCCGCUGAGCUGGCCCUGCCCUUCUACGGCAGCAUCCUGGAGAACAUGAGGAGCAGCUACAAGCCAGAGCUCAUCAAGGACGGGAAGUUCGGGGCCUUCAUGCAGGUCCACAUUCAAAACGACGGACCUGUUACCAUCGAACUGACGUCCCCCACUGGCCCCUCAGACCUCAGACAGCUGUCAAAGCAGGAGAAGCAGCAGCAGAGGAAAGAGAAGAUGCGCUCCAAGGGCCCCUCCGAGUCCAGCAGGGGGAAAGGUGCUGGACGCUCCCGACAGGACCCCAACACCAGUAGUGGGGCCGACGGGGAUGUGUCAUCAGAAAGGGAGCCCUAGGUCAGCCGGUGAAAAUGUCAUCCCAAAAUAUCAGCGCCGAGGAUCUUGUGGACGAGGAUGCAUGUGACAGUGUUUUGGCUGACUCAGCCGGAGAGAGGCCAGGCUGCUGCCCACGGGGGGGCCUCCAGAAUCUGAACUGCAGAGAGCAAGCACCGACUGGUGGAGCCUCUGUCAACAGAAACCAAAUCAUUCUGCGUGUGCGUGUGUAGGUGUGUGUGUGUGUUUCUAUGCAUGAACGUGUUCCUUCUCACUCAGACCACCAGAGCUCCUAGCAGCACCAUUGGAGGCCUUGAACUGAUUGCAUGUCCCCAUCUACCAGGUCUGUCCUGCAGCCUGCCCUCCAUCUGAUGCACCUCACUCGUCCAGUUGAGAGCUCUGCUCCUCUGUCCACCCGAGUGUCCAAGACAUACGGCUGCAGAUCUGAUGAUACGAUGGCAAAGUGGAUCAAAGAUCGUUGGCCUCGGGUCUUGGGGUCUUCUGGUCACUUCUAAACCGCCCAAUGCUUGUGCACGGUGUGUGUUAUGGGCAAUCCUCGACAAGCACAGAAGAAGCCUCCCGCCAUCGUUUCUCGAUGUGAGAAUUGAAAUCCCCCAUCAGAAUUAUCGAGUCCCCAGUCGGCCCCCUAUUCAGGAUGCCACCCAGGGCGAGGUGCAUAUUUCUUCAUAUAGGGUCAGUAACUCGCUCCUGGCCCGUCCCCUGAGACCACUUUACCAAAGAGACCCGACCAGGAGCUGUUGCCCCCGACAUUACGGCUCCUAGGAUCUACAAACCCCUCCGCCAUGUUAGCUCCUCCUCCUGCCCGCUCUCUUUCAUGUUGUUGACGUUUGCAGUGAAACUGGGCAAAGCUCAAGAGACACCGAUCUGUUUGUUUCUCCUUCUCUGUGCUCGUGUUGUUGGGAGGAGGGGGGUUUGGGGUUUGGGGUUGCUCCUGCUUGCCUUCAGUAUUUGUUUACUCGUGCAGAAACGGGAGGAGCAGGAGGAAGAGCACUGCGUCAUCUCCCUGCUCCUCUUCUCUAACGGCUCUCUGGCCCUGCAGCUCACCUCAUGAGGGUGACCGGUCCCGUUCCGCCGUUCACACGUCUGACACCCGCGUGAACGGGCUAAGAUGCGCCAUUGACUUGUGUGGCAUCAUUUUGGCGUAUUUUGCUGCAGCACUACGAUGCCUCCAGAGUCGUCCUCUUCCAAAGGGGGCUUUGUAAAGCGCAGGUUGUAGUGUGGGCAGGUGCGCCAGGAAAAUGAAUUCCUAAUUAAUUCACGUCAUAAAAUAAGUGAAUAGGAGUUUUGGGAUGUCGGACAAGGGGCUUGCAAGCUUGACGCGCUGCAUAUUUUAAAGAGAGAAUUGGGGUUCCCGAGCUCUGCUUGGUGUGACUUAAACAUGAGCAGCGUGUAACAGUCCUAUCUUCUCUAGCCUUCCUUCCUUCCUUCCUUCCUUCCUUCCUUUCUUGCUAACAUUUUAUGACAUUGUGAGAUAUUCCUAUCCUACAUUGUCAAUUGCUAUCUAUAUACAUAUAUACUCUAUAUAUCUACUGUCUGAAUAUAUAUAUAUGAAUUAUCUAGCUUUUUUUCUUUCUUUUUUGUGUGUUUAGCCUCUUUAUUUUAUUUUUGUUUGUUUGUUUUUACUUUGCUCUGUAUGUUUGUUACAAAAAUCAAUAAAAAGUGUCCUUUGUUG